UUGUAUCGAUGUUGUGCUGCUUUGUAGAUUAUUUGUGGAAAUUUUCCGGAUUUUCACAGACCGGUAUUUACUGAAAACGAAAUCUACCGCAAUAGUAUAUGCAUCUUUACAGCCACUUCUGAACAAUGUGGCUGCUCAAAAUUUCAGCACAGGAAAAAUUACAUUUGAAAUGUACAAAAAAAAUCUUAAUGGUAUGAUUCAUACAAUUUCAUAAAUGCGUGUUUUUCUACAUCAUCAUUUACAUUUGUGCUGUUUCAAUAUAGAAUUGUGUUUUAUACUUUUUUACAGCUUAAAUGAUGUACUUAAAUGAUACUUUGUGACAACAUGCCCCACUAUUGGCAAUUUUGCAUGAAGUAAACCCUAUUUUUAAUAUAAAGUAGCUCAUUUGUAUUCAAGGACUUCAACACAUAUACAGAAACUGACUUUCAAACAAACACCCUGAGAAAAACCUUGGUGUAAAUAACCUGACAACUAUCCCCGGUCUUUCCUAUAGGCUAGAUAUUUAUGGAGACUUUCAGAUUAUAAGUGUUUAUGUAGGCUAAGGCUGCCCUACAUCUCCAAACCCUGUCCUCUGCAUCACCUUCUGGUGAAACUGUUGCAGUAGACAAACGCCUGCACCGAUGAGUGACCUCUAGGACCGUCAUAGCAGCAGGAUCUCAGCACAGCCCCACCAAUCAAAUCUGGGCAAUGUCCCAAGGUGCAAAAUAACAGUAUACAUUGCGACGGACGGAAGAGGGUGGAGAGCAAUGUGGAGAUAGUACACAGACCGACCAUCCCGACACGAUUGUUCAUGGAAAACAUUUGAGGACGAACGCGGAUAAAAAAUGUCAGUGGCCGGACUGAAGAAACAGUUUCACAAAGCAAGUCAGUUGCUGAAGGAAAAGAUCAAUGGAGUUGAGGGAACAAAACUGGAUGAGGAAUUCCUCAACAUGGAGAGGAAAACUGAUAUUACCCACAAACUGAUUCUCGACCUUGUUCCAAAAACUAUAGGAUAUCUUCAGCCAAACCCAGCAUACAGAGCAAAGCUCAGCAUGCUCAGUACGGUGUCCAAAAUCCGCGGGCAGGUGAAGUCUGUGGGAUAUCCUCAAACAGAGGGCAUUCUGGGAGAUAGCAUGCUGCGCUAUGGCAAUGAGCUCGGAGACGAGUCUGGUUUUGGUUUUGCUCUGCUUGAAAUGGGAGAGGCUUUGAAACAAGUAGCCCAGGCAAAAGACUGCAUGGAUGUCCGAGUGAAACGAACCUUCAUUGAUCCUCUGCAGUCCCUGCAGCACAGGGAGCUGAAGGAAAUUGCUUAUCAUCUGAGAAAACUUGAAGGUCGUCGUCUAGAUUUUGAUUACAAGAAAAGACGUAAAGGAAAGAUCGCGGACUCUGAAAUUAAGAAAGCAUUCGAAAAGUUUGAAGAAUCCAAAGACCUGGCUGAGAGAAGCAUGUUUAAUCUCCUAGAGAGAGAUGUACAACGGAUGCAACACCUCUCAGGGCUUUUAGAAGCAAUAAUGGACUACCACCGCCAGUCUCACCAGAUUCUAGAAAAUCUCAGGAGCAGUUUGCAGAGCAGGAUAGCAGACGCAAGCAAUCAACCCAAAAGGGAAUUUGCAUCUAAAUCAGUUGCAAGCACAGCGUGCUACGCUGAUAUUUAUGGAUUUUCCACUUGCUCGUCCGGUCGGUCUUCAGAUACUGAGGUCACUGAAGCUUUGAGUGAAAAAUAUGCACCGGUUGUAGUUCACCCUCCUGACAAAGUCACCAUUAAAACUCAAACAACAGACAAGCCAACCAGCAACAAUGAUAGUCACCCCCACUUGGACCAGCCUUGCUGUCAGGCUCUUUACACUUUCCAGCCAGAAAACCAGGGAGAGCUGCGCUUUAAGGAGGGAGACGUCAUCAUUCUGACCAGCCAGAUCGAUGAGAACUGGUAUGAGGGUGUAAUCAGAGGGGAGGCUGGCUUAUUUCCUAUGAACUACGUCAAAGUCCUUGUACCUCUGCCCCAGUGACGAUGGGAAGGCAGCUUGACAACACGAACUGUGCCAGUUUUUGGAGAUUCAGAAACUUUGAUAAUUUGAUAGCGGUUAAUGUGUGAAGCACUUCUGAGCCCUUGCUGUAUAUUUGUCUAUAUUAUCACUAUGCAAAAUCAUGUAGCCUGCCUUGUAUUCCUUAUCUGAUUAUUUUUUUUUUAUGAAUCUUAUAACGUUAAAUAAAUAUGCUGCUAUAUUGAA